GACACACUGGAGCAGGAUGGCACCUUUAUCUUAUCUGGCUUUAUUUCUAUAAUGGUUAGUCACUGAUGUUUCAGGAGGAAAGAUGUAGACGUGACCCAAAAGCCACCCACCUCAAAAGCCAACCCAAAAGGGACUGGUUGCAUUUUGAGUCUAUUCCCUGAAUAGGCAGGGAAGGUUUCUACAUUAUUUGAGUUGUUACAGAAAAGCAGUAGUAAUCAUUUUGGAAGAAGGUGAUGUUGGAAUUGCUGUGUUCAAGAAUUAAAAUUUAUUUCCUGAUUUGUUUUUCGGUAAAUGUAUGAAAUUUAUCAACUGAAUUUGUAUUAACACUAAGUCAUGUUAUUCCUUAGCACUGUGGUCAAAAAGAAGAAAUAGCCACUAACAGCUGAAAUAUACAAAUUGCGUAUUCCACUCUGGCUAGGCAGGAACAAUGGAGACUUCUGAUGGAGAAAGUUUGGGUGUAGCCACCUCCACCACUUCUGAUGAGUUUGAUGCAGUUGUUGGCUAUCUGGAGGAUAUCAUAAUGGAUGAUGAUUUCCAGUUAAUACAGAGGAAUUUUUUGGAGAAGCACUACCAGGAGUUUGAUGACUCAGAAGAAAACAAGCUCAUCUAUACAGACAUUUUUAAUGAAUAUAUCUCUUUAGUAGAGAAAUACAUUGAAGAGAAGUUGCUUGAUCGGAUCCGUGGGUUUGAUAUGGUUGCUUUCACAGUGUCUUUGCAACAGCACAAAGAUGAAAUGCCAGGGGAUAUAUUUGAUCUGCUUCUCACAUUUACAGACUUUCUGGCUUUCAAAGAAAUGUUCUUGGAAUACAGAGCUGAAAAAGAAGGCCGAAGUCUGGAUUUAAGCAGUGCAUUAGUGGUGACUUCAUUAAACCAUUAAACAAGUCGUUCUGAUGGGA